AUGGCCAGCGGCUCCUUGGUAUACGAAAACCGUACAGUGUGGGAUGUGGAAGAAUCCUGGAAUCUUCUGACCUGGCAGGAUUUCGAUGACAACGGUCCUCAGUUACCACAGGCCGCCUUGGCGGUGGACCAGGGCUCGUUGGUGACGCAGUCUGGACUUUCAUUGCCCUCAAUUCAUCCGCCACAUUUAAAUGAUUGUGAGAGGACUCUCUCCCCGAGCAACUACAGUACUAGUAUCGCCCAGCCCGUCGCUCUCCUCAAUAUCGAUCCUGGCAAUAACCACAAUGAUGCAAGUGUUUUAUGCAAUUCGGAAACUCUUCGGGAACCGCGUCGGGAUGCUAUCGAUAAUCCGAAACAUUGUCUCCCGCUUCCAGAUACCAUUCUGGCAAACGACGCCUGUAGAUCGACUACCAAACAGAACAACAAACUCACCAAGACAAUCACGCAUCUGAAACAGAGUAGGGAAUACUUAGAAUGUUUGGAGGAGUAUAGUCUGUACUGUUACAAAAAAUUGACACUCAUUGGCACUCAACCUGCACCUAUUGAACGGUCUGAGGAAGAAACAUAUAUGAGCACUCUUUCUCUCUGGUCUAUACUCAUAUUCAUGGAAAAUAUGCUGGUUCGAAUGAGGGCACAGAUACGGACUGAAGAGGAAUGGUUCCAUGAGCUCCAAGAACGGGGGAUGUUGUCUAUCGAAGAUUGUCGCAAGGUCUUGAAGGCACAAGGACGUGUUUACGUCGGCGGCGGAGGCUCACAAGUAUGGCCACAAGGUAUGCUUGUCAAGGAUAUGGUAGAUGGAUUUGAAUUGGUCCAAGGAGACCUCUGGAAACCACUUAGAAAACAACAGCGCAUUUCCGAGGUAUUUCGUGGGUCGACAAUACUAUUGCGAGAAUACCAGGAGCAGGAAAAAGUGUGGUUAUCGAUGGGAAAUCGUGAGCGCGAUGCUGCUAAAGGAGAGUUGGCCGAUGUCAUAUGGACAGUAUGGCGACAGGGAAUCCAAGGCUUUGUUGUACUAAAGAUGUGGGCGCGAAUCUCUUCUAUGACCCAUACAAUGACUGACAAUUGGCUUCACACUCUUCAAUCCACGAUGUUGAAAAAGCCCCCAUUUUAUCCACCAACCUUGAAACGUCGACUUUCCAGUCCCUCGAGGACACAAAAUAAAAAACAGCGAAGGCAAAUCGAUGACUAUGACGAACCUGAAGACAUCAGCCUUGCCAGCGAAAUACUAACUCUUCGUUCCAAAGUUCAACAUCUGCAGACCCUGGUGAAUAGGCAUCAAGUGAAUCAAGGGAAUGUUAUCGUGGAAACAAUGAAAGCCGAAGUCGGGAUUCAGUGUGAGCUGGAUUUCAACUCAGGCAAUGAAUGCCCUGAAGUCGGAGCUCGCAAUUGGACUGUGCAGGUUGACCAUGACUCGUCAUCCAUAACAGAAGGAGGGAUCAGGAACAUACAAGUCCAAUCGGCAUCUGAUAAUGGCCCAAAUCUCAAAACCUACUUCAUGACACUUUUCCCCUUCUCUUCGGCUCCACCAUGGUUUGGUCAAGCAUUCGAAUUUUUGAACCGUGAUUUUGGAGUAGAGUAUGCCGAAUUGUUACAGCUAUGGAUGCGCUUUGAACAAAUCCAUCAGUGGAAAAAUCCAAAGAGUAAACUAGCAGACUUGCUUCGCCCAAGGAUGCUAAAUGACUGGAGCAAACGGAGAUCUGCUAGUAUCCCUGCACUUUCUACAGUCGCGUUGGUUCAACACUCCGGCGAAAGUGUUUGGACCUGGUGGUGCUCGCUUCAACCACCAUGGAGGUCAUAUUCAGUGUCAAAGAAUAGACUGAACCCAGUCUCCAUAUACGGAACCGAUUGGAAAAGCCUCAAUAAAUCCGGGAAGAACGGAUGGAUGCUUAUCAUUACCUGUGUUAAAUGGUGGCGCGAAGGUUUGGAGAGUCUUACAGAGGACGAGAGGCAGGAAUUAGAAAAGGAUUGGUAUACAGCGAUGGACGAUAUUUCGAGAAUGCUGAAGGGCCUCAUUGAGUACAUCACAACUUAG